UGAUAUGACACUAAUUGAAUCGCGCAAACAAAAUAUUCUAUAUAUCGACGGAGCCUCUCUCAAUCUGUCGAAUUAAAACUUCAUUUAGAAAACACCACAUGAAAGUCUGAUUGUGUGUUGCAUAUUUUCAAUGAUAUAGCGUGUUUAUAAUAAUUGUGUGAGCCCGAAGAAGAAAAAAAACGCAAAUUUUCGCAAAGAGCAACGAGCAAUAUAUCAACAGAGUGCUAUUGAUUUGUGUCGUGUGUGGUUUUUUUAUUUUUGUUGUUGUUUUUGUUGAAGGGAAAAUAAAUUCGUCGCAUUGAGAGGGAGAUUGGUUAUUUACUCAGGUGCCGAUAAAGGUGGCAUUAAAGUUCAAUAUUGGUUCCGGUGGACAUAUAUAGUUUUUACUUUUUUUUAAUAUUUCAUUUGCACAUUCAGCCGAAAUGUUUUAUCCAUACGAUCGGCUCAAUAAAUGUCAACAAAUAAAGUAAAAAGAAAAGAAAUCAACACACACACGCACACCGAAUAAUACGUUGAAUUAUCGAACAUUUCGCAAAUCGAUUUAGCACGGCCUCAUGUGAUUCCGAGUGGCCGCCGAAUUUUUUUCUAACCCACCCCGAACAUCACCGUUUUUUUUUUCUCGUUUGAACAAAAUGCGAAUAAUAAAAGUAGUUCUUGAAAUUGGCCAUACGUCACAUCUGAAAAGCAAAAAAUCACCAGACGGAUUCACACACGAUUGGGAAUUAUUUGUUCGCGGCGCUGAUGGUACCAAUAUUAACCGAUUUGUUGAUAAAGUUGUCUUUAAUCUACACGAUUCAUUCCCAAAACCAUGUCGAGUGCACAAGGAACCGCCAUAUGUAUUGAAAGAGUCAGGAUAUGCCAGUUUCAAUUUACCAAUUGAUAUUUACUUAAAAGCGGGUCCACGUGAUGAUCCCAAGAAGUACUCAACCACAUAUGAUUUGGAUAUUUACAAAACAAUUGUAACAAAGCAUCAGAUCAUCAUACAAAAUCCAUCGACUGAAUUUCGGAACAAACUGCUAGACGGUGGUGGCAUUGCAGUCAACGAUGGUCAUAUGGACGAUCGAAUGAGUUCACAGCAGCCGGAUUCAACGACAAAACCUCGUCCGCAAAGUAGUGGCGGUGGUGGCAGUGGCGGAAGUAGUGGUAGUAGUAAAAAGCACAAGAUCAAAAGUGAUGAUAUAAUAAAACCGACGACAAGUACAUUUGAAAAUUUAUUUGGUUCGCCGAUAUUGAAUUCAAAAAAUUCGCCCGAUCCAAAACUCAGCAAUAAUACAAACAAUAGCAGUAGUAGUAAUAAAAUACCAAUACCAAGUAGUGGCAGUAGUAAAAAUUCAUCACAAAAACCGUCAAAAGAUCGAUCUUCGGAAAAGGGUAGCAAAGAGAAGCGGGAUAAAAAGGAUAAAUCGGGUAGUACGCCAAAAGAGGGUAGCAAAGAAUCGUCAUCGAAGGCAAAAUCGGACGAAAAGCAUGAGCGUCGUGAGGAGAAGCGCAAAGAGAAAAGUACAACAAAAGAUCGUGAACGAAGUAAGGAAAAAUCAUCAAAACGGCCACCAAGCCCAAAACCCACUAGUCGCAGUCCGAAACGGUCUGCCUCACCGCCACGGGCCAGUUCAAGCAAUAGCAAUCGACACGAAAGCAUUCAUAUGAAAUACGAGGAAAAAUCGCACAGCAGUAGUUCGGGUAAAAAAUCGAAAAAAGAAAAACGCGACAAGUCAAAAGAGCGUGAACGAUCUGGCGAUAAGAGCAAAGAGGUCAAGCAUCAAAUGCAUGCAGCAGUAGCUGCAGUGGCGGCCGCAGCAACAGCAGCUGCAAAUAAACAAAAGGAGGAAAAAUUGUCGAAUAAAUCGAUGGAAAAGCUGAAUGGUUCGAGUAAAAAAGAUGAAAUCGAUGGAAAAGAACGUGAUAAAAGUAACAAAUAUCGUAAUCACGACGCAAAACCACCGUCACCGUUGGAUGUGGUGCCGGUAAAAAUGUCAACGCCAAUCGAUGCAAAGAAAUCACACGAUAAAGACGAACGCAAGCACAAACAUAAGAAAAAAGACAAAAACAAAGAUAAAGAUCGAAAAAAGUCGAAAUCAAAGGAUAUAUCCGAUGAGAGUCCGCUGUCAACGUCAUCAUCAAAUCGAAAACAUUCAAAUGCACCAACACCGAACGCACAAUCGAAUCGCUUGUCAAAUACAAAAUCGAAUGCAAUGACCACCGUAAUGCCACUACAAUCCAAUCAAUUAACCGAUAAAUCAUCGAGUGAAUUCGAUGACGAUGAAUACCAUGAUCGGAUAUCGCCAAAUAAACCGGACAAAGUAAGCAGUUCAAAUGAUACAAAUCAAUCGUUGGACCAUCUAAUGGAGCCCAUUGCCGAUGUUGUCACACCACGUACCGUUGUUGAAUCACCGAAAAAGCAUGGUGGCGAAAAGUCAUCGGGCAAAAAAAAUAAAGAACCAAAAUCCAAUCAAAGUUCGGCAUCCAAAGAAGAAAAGAAGAAAAAACGUAAAAGUAAAUCGGACAAACAGAAUAAGCAUGAUGAGAGUGUUGGUAGUUCAGGUGGUAAGCGAAAAAAUCAAUCGCCAAUGGUUGAUGAACCGUCGAUUAAAUUUUUAAAGAAAGACGAUGAAAAAAUGCCAAAAGUUAAAGAUGACAUUUUACAUGAAGCGACAAAAAUGUUUCCGGGACGAACACCGCCAGUGCCACAAUUGGCCGCAUCACCAUCCACACAAAAAUUAUAUCAUCAAUCGCCCGACUCAUCGAAACAGGGACUGAAACGAAGUGCCGAAAAUUUGAUGAACAAUCAAUCGUCAAAAAUUAUCGCCCAUCGAUCACCGUCGUCAGCAUCAUCGUCACCGAUAUCGUCGGAUGGUGAAACAUCACCACAGCGAUUACAACAGCAACCACCACCGCCGCCACCAUCAUCUAAUACACCACAUUCGACUGAAUCGCCCGGUGAAAAACAAUAUAUCGCUCAAUUGCAAGCAUUACAACAGAAAAUUUUGACACUUAAAGACAACGAUGAACUGCAACAAGUCGUUGAAAUGAUUGCCGAAACUGGAUGCUAUGAAAUUACAAACGAAACAUUCGAUUUUGAUUUGUGCGCUCUCGAUCGCAACACCGUACAACGGCUUCAAGAACGACUCGGCUGAUUAAUGGGCCAUCCGGAACACAUACACUCAUUUCAUCAAUCGCUUUUUUUCUUUGUUUUUUUUUUUUUUUUUGUAACAAAAUAACCAAUUGUUUUUUUUAUCGAAUCGACAAUUGAGAUAGAAAAUCUAUAUAAAGACAGGGUUAUUAUAUUGUACUUCGACUCGUUUAAUACCAGUUAAGAAUGUGCAUUACAAUUGGCCAUCAUCCAGAGAAAAAAAAAUUAACAAUAUUACUAUUCGUUUCAUCGAAUAAUACUAUAUUUGAACAUAUAUUUAUAUAUAUAUAUCGAUUACCUCAUGGUAAUAGCCGCAAUACGGCUAUACGUUAAUGUCUUUUCGGUCACAAUAGAGUGUACAACCUUUACUACUUCAAUUGAAGUAACAUUUUGAAAAUAUACACACUCACAAAGGGAAUUUUUUUUUGAAUUUAACAAGCUAAGAAUUAAUAAAAUAAUGUACAGAAUGAAAAUUGAUGGUGAAAAAUGUCUAAAUCAAAGAAAAUGAAAGCAAAUGCUUAGUGAAUAAGGAAUUAUCUCGUGGACCAAAAAAAACACUUAUUUAGAUAAGGAAAAUCGUACUUAUAAUAGUUCUCCCAGACAUCCCCAUUUUUUGAAUAAAUUUGAUGCAAUAAACAAAGGCAAAAUCGAAAAAAUGAAAAAAAAAAAGUUGUUAUGAAGCAAAAGAAUUGCACUGGAGUCGACGUUUUGACCAUUCCCUUUGAGAAUCAUUUCGUCGAUCAAUUUUUAUUGCUGCAGAAAAACACAUUGAUUCCAUUCGAUUUAAAUUUAGACCUUUUGAUAAAAAAAGCAAUUUUUGACACGAUUAACCUUUAGGAAGCUUUAGAUUUUCUAAA